CUAGUUCUACGAUCCGUCGACACGACUCUAUGUCGCCCACGUCGCGAGCCCGCGAUAGUAUGUCCUCCGCACUCGCAGGGAACGGACGCACGCUUGCACUACGUUGCAACUGAAUUCAUUUGACGAAACAAGUUUUACAUUCCUAAUUCUUUCUGAAAUCGCAUCACAGGAAAAUAUCACGAUGAACUUAAGUGUAACAUUAAAAAGACAAUUUUUCAGACCCAUUUCGAAAAGUUAAAAAAAACAUUUAUAAGUGUAUUUUGUGAAUCUCUUUAUCUCUAUAUCACGAUACGGUUCGCGUUGGUGUUAAAUAACGCAAGUGAAGUUGUUUAUUGUUUUGAAAUAAAAGACAAAUACCGUUGAAGACGCAGAGUUUAAAUUUUAUGUUGCUUUAUUCUUGUUUAUAAGAACGCAAUCAAGUCGCGUGUUAAAAAGAGACAAGAUGAGGUCCCACCGGGCAAGAGCGACAGGUGUGGCGGCUUUGGCGGUUUUGUUGGCUACUAUAACAGGAUGUUCAUCACAAACGUUGAGAAUAUUUCCGAUACAGAAGCAGCAGACGGUGGCCGUGGGUAAGUCCGUGGUGCUGACCUGCCAAGCGGAUGCUCCUGACCCAGCACUUGUGACGCAGCCUCAAUGGCGUGACCCUAAAGGCCUUAUUAUAAAUGAAGCAGCAGCCGGCACCAGGCCCGAGAUCUACACAGAACCGAUGCCCGCUAAACAAUUGCAGUUGCUCUACAUAUCGUCCAUCACAACCGCAAUGGCAGGCAAUUACACGUGCGAAGCGACCUACACAAACAUGCCUCUCAGCGCGAGCGUUGUCCUGGAAACAUUCGUUGCUAUAACCUGGACGAAUGCGAACGAAAACCAAUACGCUACAAAGGGAAAAGAUUUCAAAGUAAUGUGUGAAGUAACAGCUGAACCGGCGCCUUCAGUGGAUUGGUUUAAGGAAGGAACACCUAUAUUGACCGGUGAUAGAUAUGUUAUUCAUGCAAAUGGCUUGCUUAUUAAUAACGUUCAAGAAAGUGACGAUGGAACUUAUACUUGCCGGGCUGUAGUUAUCCAAACGGGAGAAUUAGCUGAGAGGAAUAUUAAACUUGAGGUUUAUACUGCCCCUGAAAUGGAAGAGCGUGAAACUAAAGUUGAAAUAAAAGAAGGUGAAUCUGCGGCGAUUACGUGCAAAGCUAGAGGAAAACCACCUCCGACAUAUUCUUGGAUUAAGGCUUCUACUCGAGAAAACUUAGGAACUACGGCACGCUUCAGUGUAAAUGAAAAUACAGGACUCUUGACAUUCGAUAGAGUGGAAGCAGGAGAUUAUGGUAAAUACAUCUGCAGUGCUGUCAAUCAAGCGGGACAUAACGAAACGGAAAUAGAAGUAGAAGUUUUAGUACGACCGAAAAUUUUCGAACUAUUUAAUACCACAUCAGCUGAAAAUACCGAAGGAAGGUUAGAAUGUAAAGCAUCAGGACGUCCAGCGCCUCGGAUCAGUUUUAGAAAACUUAGCAACAGUGAACGAUUCUUGAAUGGUCCUAAUGAUGAUGGAAGAAUUACGAUCGAAACGAGUAAUCGCCAAACUGGGGAUCAAAUGCAAUCUAGUGCGGUUAUAACAAUAUCGAAAUUGAAUAGAACGGACGAUGGAUUAUAUGAAUGUGUUGCUGAAAAUGAAGGUGGCGAAGCAAGGAAAAAUGGCCAUCUAACAGUUCAAUUCAAACCAUCAUUCGAGCAUAUGACAAAUGUGCCUAUUUGGAGCUGGAAUUCUCAACCUGUUAAUAUUAGUUGUGUCGCUGAAAGCAUACCUAAUGCUACUAUUAAAUGGAAAUUCCAUGAAUAUGACUUGGUGGAAUCUCCUCAUGUAAGGAUCUACGGAUCCGGGCCAAUCAGUUAUGUGUCUGUAACGCCUCUUGAUAGGAGUCUUUAUGGUAUUUACAAGUGUAUUGCUACGAAUACUCUAGGUGAAGCGGAACACAUUAUUCAAUUGCGAGAAGCUUUUCCACCUGGACCCGUUGUACAGGCGAGGCAAGAAACAAUAACGGCGACAUCGGUAUCAUUCAAUAUAGUUGGCCCAGCCGAAGAAAUGGGACCGCCAAUAUUGGCUUACACGACACAGUACAAGGAAAAUGGGAACUUCGAUUGGAAUCUCGCUAUGAACAGAACUUGGUCUGUCAACUCUCCGUACAUUAUUGAGAAUUUAAGGCCAAUGUUCACUUACGACUUUAGAUUCGCGGCUGUCAAUCAAGUUGGGGUUGGAAGCUGGGGAGCACCUCUCACCGUUAUUAUGCCCAGAAGGUCACCACCGGAACAACCCAAAUGGAGAGAAACUAUUAGCUCAGAAUCUCUUAUACAUGGAAAAUAUGCUGAUAGGUAUGAGCUGCAAUGGAGAGUACCAGCUCACAACGGUGAACCUAUCGACAUGUACGAAAUUAGCUACUGCCCAGUAUUAAAGGUUAGUGGCGAAUGGCGUGUAUCUGGUGAAUCAGAUUGCCUAACUGAAGAGUUAAAAUCUUACGAAGCGAUCAAUUACGAAGUACGAGGCUUACAUCCAGAUACCAGAUACAGAAUGCACGUUCGCGCCCAUAAUGUCCUUGGAUACUCCUUGCCUGCCCAACUCUACGUUCAAACUGCUCUCGGAGUGGAACGGUCUGGCUUUGCCCCACCGCAACUAUUAUCAAGUGGUGCCAUCAUUGGAUUAGCGUUGGCUGGAGUUUUGAUCUGCCUCAUAGUAGUUGAUCUACUUCUACUGUGCUUCAGACGGCAAGGAGUCAUUGCAACAAUUUGCGGUAAACGAGUCAAGAAACACAGUGACGAUGAAGCCAAAUUGGGAAGUCUGUACGGUUGGCGCUUCCCGCUCCCUUAUUGCAGCACGAAGCCGCGCGCGCCGCCCUCCCCCGCGCCCCUGCCGCCGCCCGUCAAGCUCGUGCCGACUCCGACAGAUGAAAAGGAACCUCUCAAAGAAACUGGGGACGACGCUAUAAAGAGAAACUCUUCAGUCGAAUUCGAUGGACGUAGGGUAUAUGCGACUAGCACAGGAACCAUUAUUGGUAAAAAUUCAGCUGUUUAAAAAUCGAAUACGAAAUAGAAAUCACCAAAAUCGAUUCAAAGAUUCAACAUUCGAAUUCGUCGAACGAGCAAGUUAAUUCGAAUGAUUAUUAUUAUAAACGAUUGAAAUUAUAUUACGAGUAUAAAAGCUUGUGUAUUUGUGAUGAGCGCGACCAGUAUUCGUAACUGCCAAAAGACGAAUUAUAUCGUUUAUUAUUAAGAGCGUGAUCAGCUUUAUUGCGUCGACUUAGAGUUAAUAUUUAAUCAUACCAUUUCCUAUAACAAUAUUAUAUUUGAGAUAAUUAUUUGAGAUAUAUAAUGGAACUAAAUUGUCAUAAAUCAAGCUUAAUGUAUCUCUAUUGUGUUACGUUUUAUAGAAAAUAGUUCGUAACGUUUUAAUUAUACAGAUAUCUCCUUUGUCUACACAAUAAAAACUCUUUUACUAACACACACACAUACACAUAUAGCUUCAAGAGGUACAAUUCGUGCCUUUUAGAGAUUAUAGGUACUAUCAUGAGGGUAUUCAUAGUAUAGUUUAGAUUGUAUAUAAUAUUUUGUACUUUAUAGGAUAGAGCUUUGAUGUCACAAAAUAUGACAAUUCCUAAUCAUUUAAAAUCACAAUAUUUUAUUAUUAACCCAGUAAUUUUAUAGGCAACCCAAACGUGUAAAUUAUUCCAAUCGAAGAAGGGGUAAAAGAUAAAAAAACUUUUAUAUUCCGUCUAUUGUCUCGGUUUAUAUAUAUUUAUUUAUAAAACUACAUUCAAAUUCACUUUUAUUCACUGUUACUUCCAAAGCUCCAACGAUAACUUCGCCGACAUUCAAAUCACCAUUUUCUCUCGAAUCCAUAAUGAAUGAAAGAAUGCAGUUUAUUUGUUUUUACUCCUCCUGUGGUUGGAAUAGGCUAUAAUUAGUCUUUAUAUUAUUUUAAGGUAUAUUGUUAUUUCAAUAUUUUCUCAAGAAAUUAUAUUAUUAGCUGAGAAUAAGUGUAUGAUUUUUUAUAAAAGUCGUCUUAAAAACACUGAGUAUGAGACGCACGAACUUUAAUAUAAUUUUUAUGUGAUGUAAAUAAGUAAUUUAUAAUUUUGUAAAUAAUAAACUAUAUUUGUUCAUGUCAUUUAGAUUAAAAGCGCGAAUGUUUGCAUUUGUUAGAAAUAUAUGCUAUUACGAAUUAAAUUGGUAUUUUCUAUAACAAGAUCUCUAUUUACUACUUGUCUUUUCUAAAUGUUAGUACUAUCAAUGUGGAAUUAUUUCAAUAAUUUUCAAAUUAUUUCAAUUAGUUAUUCAUAUAUAGUCGUUUAGUUUUUAAUGCAAGUCAAAUUCGUACUUUUCAUUUAAAUUCUUAAUUUAAAUCCGAUUACAGCGUAAUUAAUAAGUGUGUUGUAAGUCAGUAUUAUUUAAAGAAGCUAAAUAUAUAAAAUAUUGAAGAGAUGCUUGAUCUUGAAGUCAAACAGCUGAGAAUAACAUUGUAGAAUUUAUUGUAUGAACACGGGAUGAAUGUUGACUCGCUUUACAUGUUAUAUUUGAAGAAUUAACGUCGAUGUAUUUUAGAUUUAUUUAUUUUAUGAACAAAAAUUUAAUAAUUUUUAUUUUAUUUUAUAAGGAGAUUUAGCGAUAUUAUUAUACAUAUAAUACAUUAUUUUUUUGUUCCUACUUAAACUGUAAAUGGAUUCUUCUUUGAUACCUAUUGUCAUUUGUAGAUUUAUAGUAACACACUUUUCAUAAUUCAAUACUAUCGCAAUUAUUAUGUAGUUGAUAUUUUCACAAGUUUUGAUACUGGCUUUGUACAUUUUUAUAAACACAUACACAGUUAUAUAACAUCAGGAAUAUUCACACAAUUAGGAUUGUUGUCUGUGUUCUGAUUGCUUUGUCUUAUUGGAAACGUCAUUGUAGUGUGGUCAAGUCGAUUUAGUCUAUUGACCUAUACUAUGCACAUAUGUAUUGUAUACACAAUUAAAAUAUGAAUGAUUAAUGUCAUUCCAAUUUCAAAUAAUUCGAUUAUUCAAAUUUAAUUGGCUUGAUCGAAGCUGAUCAAUCCUGAGUGUGUUUUCUACCAAAAUGACAUAAAAAAAUAUCAAUAAUUUUAGUAAAGGAUUCCUAAAUAAUCUUACUGACAAUUAGUGUCGAUGUUGAAAUUACAAUAAAAAUAGUCAUUUCUAAAUAUUUUAUUUUUGGUACAUUUACAAGAUUCGCAUUCACAAUGUCGUAAAUGUUUUUUUUUUCGUCUUUAUUACGCAAAGAACUUUUCGAUACAUUAUAUGUACUGUAUUUAUUAAAUAUUAUCUUAAUAUCACAGCUUUAGGUAUAGUAUACGCAUCUAAGUCUCUUGAAUGUAUGCUUUGAACAUGAUGUUAUCGAAAUAUUGUAACAACAGAA